UUUGCUUAAGAUUGAUAAUCAUAAUCUUCGGUGGCUCGGGUGGCUUAAGUGAUUUCCAAACAAUCAAAGAGUUAUACAAAAAACUUAAUCAAUAAAACUUAAGCAAUAAGCGAUCAGCCAAUUACAAUCGAGAACAUAAGGCAGUAACAUAAGCAGUAGCAAAUCCAUAACGUUGAUUUCCUUACUACUUAAGUUUUGCUGUUUAAGUUUUUUUGUGUGUCCCGCCCUAAGUGUUUCAUUACAAAUGCUUUGAAAUGAUUGAUCAAUAAGAAUAAAGAAUUUUAUCAAUUGACCUAAUUAAAAAUACUUUGAAUAUUUGUAACUUUUGCCAAGUUUGAUCAAAAGUUUAUUUUCUGUUUCUACAUUAGAUUGUACUAAAACUUUCUAUCUCGUUUUUGUCAAAUUUCAAAUAUAUAUUUAUUUCAUUUUAAGUACAACGAAUUGUUUACUAUGUCAGGAAAAAGACAGAUUAUAGAAAAGAUUAUAAAUUGACUAGAACUUAGCUUACGUUUUCGAUAUUCUUCGAAAAUAUAUAGUUCGUGUCACAUAUACUAUAGAUUUUUGUACUGGCAGUGAAUAUUGGAACACAGCCUUAAUAUGCAUAGCACAGUAUAACCUCACUUUCAUAGUAAACAGUUUGCUUGGACUAAAAGGAUAAUAUAAAACUUUACUGUGUAAUAUACAUAAUUACAAUCAGUCUAGAAGCAACGAAGAAAAAAUCUCGAGAAUUCCAUGUUAUAUGCCCAAUUACUCGUUAGAGUAGAGAGCACUCAAUCAAAAAAAAUAAAUAAAUAAACAGUUUUUAUAUUAUUACAAUGAAAUGUUUUCAUAAUUUUAUUGGAAUAUAUAUCUUAUACAUAUGUUUAACUUAACUUUCUUUAUAUGAUCUUGAUUACUCAUAUAUGAGCUAAAUUCACUAUGAACUUAACAAACUUGGAUGCCUUUUUGGGGCGAUUUAAACGAGUUAGCAAAGUUACCAUUAAUUAUGCCACUUGUUUUAAUGUAUCACCAAAUGUUUUACCUUGUACGUCAAGUACUUUUAUAUGUAAUGGUUAUAAUACAACUUGCCUAAAUGUACAAGAUUUGACUGUAAACAAGCAGCAGUUUGUAUUGAAUAAUAUAAUUAAAUAUGAUAAUUCAAAAAUACAGAAUAAUUUUCCAUACAUAUCUCAUCCUCGACAUAUUUUCUAUAAAAGUUUAUACAAUGAAAUGAAAUAUCCUAGACAUAAAACUUGUCACACUGGUCUAUAUUAUAACAGUAUUCGAUAUCUUUCAAGUACUAGUAUCAAUUUCACUGAAGGUCAAAUUCCAAUGCAAUUUCAAAACAAUAUAUUCAAAGCGAUAUCAGAAAGCAUGCCAGUUAAAGUCACACAAGAUUCUUUACUAUGGCUACAUGAUUAUACAGGUUUACCAUGGUGGUUAAUUAUUGUACUCACUACUGUUAUAAUAAGAACAACAGUGACAUUACCAUUAUCUUUAUAUCAGUUAUAUAUAUUGGCAAAAUUGGAAAAUCUUAAACACGAAAUGGAUGAGAUAGUUAAAGAGAUGAAAAUAGAAAUAAAUUAUGGAACGCAUAAAUAUAAUUGGUCUAAAGAAUAUGCUAGACGUUUGUACAAUCACUCUAUGAAGAAACAAUGGAAUAAAUUAAUUGUUCGAGAAAACUGCCAUCCAGCUAAAGCUAGUUUAUUAGUAUUAGUGCAAGUACCAUUGUGGAUAUCAUUAUCAAUGUCUAUUCGAAAUUUAUGUUAUAUGUUACCUAAACAGGAUAUUGAUGCUUAUACUACUUAUCAGGAAUUUAAAACUGGUGGAUUUUUAUGGAUAACUGAUUUAACUAUACCGGAUUUUUUCAUCCUUCCAAUAGCAAUGGGAUUAUUCAACUUGACCAUUAUAGAAAUAAAUUAUAUGAAUAGGGUAGAAAAGCUAUCAAAAUGGCAGAAAUAUUUGAUUAAUUUCUUCAGAAUUGUUACAAUUGGAAUGAUUCCAAUUGCUAUGUCCGUACCCUCUUGUUUGAGCUUAUACUGGACAACUAGCAGUGCAUUUGGUCUUUUUCAAAAUUUAAUCUUAUUAUCUCCGAAAUUACAUCGUUUCACAAAAAUGCCUACAACUAUAUCUCAAUCACAUCCAUAUUUAGCGCUGCGUGACAAGAUAGCAAUUAGAUGUCGUUUUAAAAAAGGAGUGGAAAAUUCGCCGAAGAUAUAAACAUAAGUCACUUAUACAAAUAAGUCAUACAGGUUUUACAAAAU